AUGGUUGCCCAAGUCAAUAUAAGAGAUAUUUUGUCUAUUUCGGAUGAGAAACUGUCAUCCCAUUCAAUUGAAUUGGGAUGUCCUGGAUCUGACAUGUCUCUUGGGAUAAGUAACAUGAAGCUCAGAAUUAUGGGUCGGAAACCACUUUUUUUAUUUUUAUUUGGUGUAACUAAGCCGGAUGAAGGUAGACCUUCACAUCCGAUUUUGAAGGGGGGAGAUCCGAUUGGAUCCUAUCCAAAUUUUUCGUUUGCUAGACCUAUUGUUAAAAAACCCACUUUCUUACGAUUACGAGGUUCAUUCGAAUAUGAAAUUCAAUCUUGGAAAUAUAGCAUCCCGCUUUUUUUUACUACGCAAGGUUUCGAUACAUUUCGAAAUCGAGAAAUUUCUAGUGGAGCUGGCGCUAUCCGAGAACAAUUAUCCGAUCUGGAUUUAAGACUUAUUAUUGAUUCUUCGUUGGUAGAAUGGAAGGAAUUAGGAGAAGAGGAAUUUACGUACAAUGAAAAUGAAUGGGAAGAUAAAAAAGUUGGAAGAAGAAAGAGUUUUUUGGUUCGACGCAUGGAAUUGGCUAAACAUUUUAUCCGAACAAAUAUAGAACCAGAAUGGAUGGUUUUAUCUUUCUUACCUGUUCUUCCUCCUGAAUUGAGACCUAUUAUUCAAAUAGAUGGGGGUAAACUAAUGAGUUCGGAUAUUAAUGAACUCUAUCGAAGAGUUAUCUAUCGGAACAAUACUCUUAUCGAUUUAUUAACAGCAAGUAGAUCUACGCCUGGGGAAUUAGUAAUGUGUCAGGAGAAACUGGUACAAGAAGCCGUGGAUACACUUCUAGAUAAUGGAAUCCGCGGACAACCAAUGAGGGAUGGUCAUAAUAAGAUUUACAAAUCGUUUUCAGAUAUAAUUGAGGGCAAAGAGGGAAGAUUUCGCGAGACUCUGCUUGGCAAACGGGUAGAUUAUUCGGGGCGUUCUGUCAUUGUCGUGGGUCCAUCACUUUCAUUACAUCGAUGUGGAUUGCCCUGCGAAAUAGCAAUAGAGCUUUUCCAGACAUUUGUCAUUUGUGGUCUAAUUCGAAAACAAUUAGCCUCAAAUAUAGGGGUUGCGAAGAGUAAAAUUCGAGAAAAAGAACCAAUUGUAUGGGAAAUACUUCAAGAAGUUAUGAAGGGACAUCCCGUGUUGCUGAAUAGAGCACCCACUCUGCAUAGAUUAGGCAUACAGGCUUUCCAACCCAUUUUAGUACAAGGGCGUGCUAUUUGUUUACAUCCAUUAGUUUGUAAGGGAUUCAAUGCAGAUUUUGAUGGAGAUCAAAUGGCUGUUCAUGUGCCUUUAUCUUUUGCGGCUCAAGUAGAAGCUCGUUUACUUAUGUUUUUUCCGAACCUCUUGUCUCCAGCUAUUGGGGAUCCCAUUUCCGUACCAACUCAAGAUAUGCUUAUUGGGCUUUAUGUAUUAACUAGCGGGAAUCGUCAAGGUAUUUGUGCGAAUAGGUAUAAUCCGUCCAAUCGCAGAAACCUUAAAAAUGAAAGAAUUCGCGAUAAUAACUAUAAGUAUACGAAAAAAAAAGAACCCCUUUUUUGUAAUUCCUAUGAUGCAAUUGGAGCUUUUCGACAGAAAAGAAUAAAUUUCGACAGUCCUUUGUGGUUCCGAUGGAGACUAGAUCAAAGGGUUCUUUCCUCAAGAGAAGCUCCUAUUGAAGUUCAUUACGAAUCUUUAGGUACCUAUCGUGAAAUUUAUGGACAUUAUCUAGUAAUAAGAAAUAUAAAAAAACAAGUUCGUUGUAUAUACAUUCGAACCACUGUCGGUCAUAUUUCUUUUUAUCGAGAAAUAGAAGAAGCUAUACAAGGCUUUUGCCGGGCCUAUUCAUAUGAUAUCUAA